AUGUCAAAGGAAGGCGAAGGCGAAUCGAGUGAGGCGGGGAAUGUAAAAUCUAAGGAAAAACCGUACAUCUACAAAGGCAACGUGCCUCUUGCCUAUCCUCCACUUCCGCCGGAUGAGCAAGACUCUCAGCCAGAACAGAUUCAAUUCAAAUCGGCUUCCGAAAGUAAAAGUAGAAGCAAAGAAACUGCGGAUACAGUAAGCAAGGACAGAAAGGGUGAUGAGAAAAGAGAAAAAGUAAUAGAAAAGAAAACUCCAAAAACUCCAAAGAGCACGAGGCGGAAAAAAACUCACAAAACUCUAAAAAGCACAAGGAGGAAGAAAAGUAAGGAAGAAGUACCUGGCAGUAGCGAGAGAGUC